UCAUAGAUAUCAUAGCUUUCUAUUGCUCUAUCUUGUGAGUUGUGAUGGUGAUAUUGCAGCUUUCUCUUCCCACCCCUGUAAAUCCUCAAACAAAUGGUGCCAUUACUGGAUUAACAAGAACAUGUCAAAAACGCUCAUCAAAGUUUCAUUCUACUCUUCCUCCAAGAUUGUUCAUAACCAAUUCACAUGAAUCUCAAUACCCCUUUUCACUGUUCCAUCCAGCUAAUGAGGGUGUAGCAGCAAUUGUGUUUGGAGAUGGAUCGGAGUCAAGGCUUUACCCGUUGACUAAAAGAAGAUCGGAAGGGGCUAUUCCUAUAGCAGCAAAUUACAGACUUGUUGAUGCGGUUGUUAGCAACUGCAUUAAUAGUAACAUAAACAAGAUAUAUGCUCUUACACAAUGCAACUCAACUUCUCUCAAUUCUCACCUUUCCAGGGCUUAUUCUGGAUUAGGCCUUGGGAGAGAAGGCCUUGUCGAAGUAAUUGCUGCUUAUCAGAGCCCUGAAUAUGAAGGCUGGUUUCAGGGAGCUGCAGAUGCUGUUAGAAGAUGCUUGUGGGUAAUGGAAGAGUAUCCAGUGUCUGAGUUUCUGAUCCUUCCUGGUCACCACCUCUACAAAAUGGACUACCAGAAAAUCAUUGAGGCUCAUCGAAACAGCAAGGCUGACAUAACUAUUGCAGCAUUGGGGGCUUCGAGAGAUCAAGACCCAGGUUUUGGCUUUCUGACCGUGAAUUCUGAAAAUCAAGUUCUAGAGUUUAGAUUGAAGUCAGAGAGUAAGCCAAUCAGUUUUGUUUCUGUAAGUUCUCUCCCUCUCUACUCAAGCUCUCCUAUGUUUAAAUUUUGGUUUUAUAAUCAUUCCGGGAGUUUUAUGAGGAGAUUCAAAUCUGAAAUUCAGGAGGAAACCUCAAGAAAAUGCAAUGAUAUUGCUUAUUGUUAUUCAAGUAUGGGAAUAUAUCUCAUUAACAAAGAUACAGUAGUAAAGCUCCUAAGAGAACAUUUUCCCAAGGCAAAUGACUUUGCAAGUGAAGUAAUACCAGGUGCAAUAUCCAUAGGAAUGAAGGUACAAGGUUUUAUCUUUAAUGAAUAUUGGGAGGACAUGAGGAGCAUUGAAGCAUUCUACCAAGCAAAUAUGGAAAGCACAAAGAAAGCAAACAUAGGAUUUAAUUUCUUUGAUAAAGAGUCUCCUAUGUACACUUUGCCAAGGUGUCUGCCUUCAACUCUUAUAACUGAUGCUGUCAUAACAGAUAGUGUCAUCGGAGGUGGUUGCAUUCUCAAUAGGUGCAAGAUCAAAGGUACGGUAGUUGGUAUGAGGGCAAAAAUUCGAGAAGGGGCAGUAAUCGAGGAUUCAGUGAUCAUGGGUUCUGAUGUCUAUCAAAUGGAAGAUAUUCAGUGUGGCAUGAACAAGAAGGGCAUUGACAUUCCUAUAGGAAUUGGGGAAGAUACUCAAAUACGGAAAGCCAUUGUAGAUAAGAAUGCAAGAAUUGGCAAAAAUGUUUUGAUUAUUAACAAAGACAAUGUCCAAGAAGGCAACAAUGAAGUUAAUGGCUUCAUCAUCAGUGGUGGAAUUGUGGUCGUUCUUUGUAGUGCAGUGAUCCCAGAUGGCAGCAUUGUAUGAGAGUUAUGAGUCAAACUUAUUUUUUCCAAUUUGAUUCUUCACUCAAAAAAAAAAGAGAACAAUGACCUGGUAGCUUAGGAGCAAAUGUAUAUUGCAUUGUUUACCAGAGGCAUUGCCAACAACAAAGGAAGAGCUUAAUGGCAUUGCUCAGUUGUCCCAUGAAAGAGAACCUAGGUCUGAAUCACCCCUCCCCAUUUAUUGAAAAAAGAAAAGAAAGUCAUA